GCGCAUACGGAACUCGCCAUAGUUAAAAAUGGCGACGUGAUGAUUUUAAUGUAACGAAUGUACUUUGAAUAGUGCGCGUAGUGAGGUUUUUUAAUUAUCCGAAACAGUUCGAUUGUAUUAAGUUUGAAUGAAAUGCCAACAUGCAGAAUGUAUCACAAGAGUGUCCUACAGAUAAUCCGAAAAUAGAUAAAGUGAACGUUCAGCACGAUAUAGGGAAUUUGCCGUCGACUCCCCAAUCAACCUCUAACUCAAGUCCAGCAAAGUCGGAAACAGAAACAUAUUCGGAACAUCGUCGAUAUAUGUCAGAUUCAUCGGAAAGUGAGGAAGACAGUGUUUCUGAGGUGGAGUCAUUUAUGAUUGAUCAGGAGUUCGAGGAGGAUCCGCAAGUGGAAGCAGAAAAAUACCUAUUGAAUCCGGAAGAGGACCGGACCGUCGACCCAGAGACCCAGGCGCGACUUGAAGCACUUCUCCAAGCUGCUGGUAUUAGUCAGUUGGCGGCGAAGGAUGGCAAACAUCUAGGCGACCCUGAGGUGCUUAGACGUCUGACAUCGAGCGUGUCCUGCGCGCUAGACGAGGCCGCCGCGGCGUUGACGCGCAUGCGAUCGGACAGCAGUCGCGCGCAGCAGCCCGAGAAAACUUCGCUGGUCGAGGCGUGCACCGACGGCGAUGUCGGCACCGUUCGCAAACUGUUGACAGAGGGCAGGUCGGUGCACGAGACGUCAGAGGAGGGCGAGAGCCUUCUGUCGUUGGCCUGCAGCGCGGGAUACUUUGAAUUAGCACAGGUGUUGUUAGCCAUGCACGCGAACGUGGAAGACAGAGGCAUCAAGGGCGAGUGCACUCCGUUGAUGGAGGCCGCCUCGGCCGGGCACCUGGACAUCGUGAAGCUGCUGGUAGCGCACGGGGCGGACGUUAACGCGCAAUCUACCUCGGGCAACACGCCGCUGAUGUACGGUUGCGCGGGCGGACACACCGAGGUGGUCAAGUUUUUGCUCGAGAACGGCGCCAAUGUGGAAGAUCACAACGAGAACGGGCACACGCCCCUGAUGGAGGCCGCCAGUGCGGGUCACGUCGGCCUGGCCAAGAUCCUCCUCAUGCACGGCGCCGGCAUCAAUACCCACUCCAACGAGUUCAAGGAGUCCGCUCUCACAUUGGCCUGCUACAAAGGUCAUUUAGAUAUGGUAAGGUUCCUGCUGGAAGCUGGUGCAGAUCAAGAACACAAAACCGACGAGAUGCACACGGCCCUCAUGGAAGCGUCGAUGGACGGGCACGUGGAAGUGGCCAGGCUGCUUCUCGAUUCUGGCGCCCAAGUCAACAUGCCGACCGACAGUUUCGAGUCGCCGCUCACAUUGGCGGCUUGCGGCGGUCACGUCGAUCUCGCGAUGCUGCUAAUCGAAAGGGGCGCGAACAUCGAGGAGGUGAACGACGAAGGUUACACUCCGCUGAUGGAGGCGGCGCGCGAAGGACACGAGGAGAUGGUGCACCUGUUGCUCGGUCAAGGAGCCAACAUCAACGCUCAAACCGACGAAACGCAGGAGACCGCUUUAACGUUGGCAUGCUGCGGUGGUUUCACCGAAGUGGCCGAUAUUUUGUUGAAAGGGGGCGCGGAUAUUGAGUUGGGCGCUUCGACACCUCUAAUGGAAGCCGCCCAGGAAGGACACCUAGAUCUGGUUAAGUUCUUGCUCGAGAACGGCGCCAACGUGCACGCCCAAACUCAGACCGGCGACACUGCGCUGACGUACGCUUGCGAGAACGGGCACACCGACGUGGCCGAUCUUUUGCUGCAGUACGGCGCCGAUUUGGAACACGAAUCGGAAGGCGGCAGGACGCCGUUGAUGAAAGCUUGCCGCGCCGGCCACCAGUGCACCGUGCAAUUUCUCAUUUCCAAGGGUGCCAACGUGAGGAGGCAGACCACCAACAACGACCACACCCCUUUGUCUUUGGCCUGCGCCGGCGGGCACCUAUCCGUGGUGGAGCUGCUGCUCACCCACAACGCCGAUCCCAACCACAAGCUCAAAGACAACAGCACCAUGCUAAUCGAGGCGGCCAAGGGCGGCCACACGAACGUCGUGCAGCUGCUGUUGGACUAUCCGCACUCGAUGCAGCCGAUCCUGCUGAACCAACAGCACCAGCAGCAGCAGGGCCCCGCCGGGGCCACCGCAGCCACCAACGUGUCCAUGCUCCCAGGCCAGGUUGGUGCUGCCGGUAGCCGAGAUUCGCCCCCUAACUUGCCCCCUCAACCCAUCAACUUCUUUCAACCGCCCUCGGCCCCGGUUCUACAGCAGGUGCCUGAAGCUGUCAAAAUUGUCCACAGGCAGGAAGAUACGAACAAUCCGUCGAUCGACGUGAACAACAAGCAGCAGCAGCAGCAGGUGCAGGCGGGCGCGGCCGGCAACGCACGACUCUUUGAGCCGAGCACGAAGAUCUUCGCGCGCAAGAACGUGCUGCCGAAGAGCCGAUCGUCGGGCGCCGUGUUCGACGCGAAUCUCACUUCGGCCGAAGCGCAGCAGGUGCGUACCCAACCCCUCGCCCAGUUACCCGACGAAGACGUGUUCUCCCUAAACACCGCCAAGGAGUUCCUUAACAAAGAAGACUCGAACAGCACCAUCAUGGAAUUCAUCAAGAGCCGCAAGAAGCAGUAUCCGGCCACGGGCGGCGCGCCCUCCUCCGCCCUGGCCGACGACGGUAACAAACACAAGCAGCAGAUACUCGAAGAACUACACAGAGUGGAACGCGAGCUUCACGGAAAACAACAGUCAGGGUUUCCAUACCAAAUCCCUCAAGAACAGUGCCCUUCGUCAACAGUUUCUACUACACUGCCGCAUAUGCUAAACAUUGACAUAGGGCUGGGUGCUGGUGGCAUGUCGGGUGGUGCGGCCAUAUUUCCCGGCGCUAGUCUACAACUGCAGAAUGCUUUCUACGCAGGCCCGCCGCCGUGUUUGCCGUCGUCGUCCUCGUCGGCUUCUUCGUCGUCGGCGUCCUCCGGGGCGUCGGCUUCGUCGCCGCAACAGCAACCGGGACAAACGGCAGGACAGCAGCAGCAGCAGCAGGCGUUUUACUUCGCUCCAGGGGCGAGCGUAGCCGUUCCACUGUCCACUGCCACGCUCAGUGCUGCCACCUCCACGCAACCCAUCAAGUUUCAGAGUAUAGCCUCGCACGCUGAAGUCAGUCAGAACACUGCGAUAAGCGAUCGACCGAAAGCCAAGCCGGUAUCGAAGAAAGAAGGAAAAAUGUUCCGAAAACAACAACAGCAACAAUCACCCCAAUCUCAGCAACAACAACAACAACCACAGCAACCCCAGCAGCCGCCGUUAGUCCAGCAGCAGCCGCCGCCGCAACCUUUCAGUCCUACCCAACAAACAAUGUACGGUCCGCAGAUGAAGGCGCUCAGUCAGCUGCAGCUGCAGUCGCACACCCAACUAGCGCAACAGCUGUUCCAGCAGCAGGGCGACAAGGUGCUCAAUCUGCAAGAGACUCUGAGCGUGCAAGGUCUGGAUUUAGACUCGCUCGAUCAGGAUUCUCUGUUGAAAGAGGAGGCCAACGAGAACAUCCGUAUUGCCUCCAUACUGCAGCAAAUACACAACCCAGCGUCCCACAAGAACUUUAUGCCUUGCAAACAAAUUAGAAUGGAGAAAGACUUUUCAAGCGUUGAAGAUGUCGUUCAGAGCUUAGAAUCUUUCAGCACUUCAGACAUCAGUGACCAAAGUUUAUCCCCGCAUAACCUACAGGUGCAACCCUACCCCAGUGCUCUAGACGAAUCAGUGAUAGCCUCGCUGGCCGCGCAGCAGGAUCUCCCUGGCGGGAGCGACAUGUCGCGCGUCGAGUAUUUUGCCGUGCCCACUAACGGUUCCCAAGUACCGGUUCACUCCCUCUACUCUUACGGGGAGCAACAGGUGUAUCAGGCAGGAUUUCAAGCUGGCUAUAAUCUUAUGCAGCAACAAUUGGGAGCAUGCCCAAGUGCGAGCACUAGCGAAACGCUAACGACCACUACGGUUGUUCCCACAACAGUGGGCGCCGUUUCCGGCACUUCUACUCAGCAGCAACAGCAGCAAUUCAUCAGCGUUGCACAGCCGCCGCCGCCUCAACAGCAGCAGCAGCAGCAGCAGCAACAGGCUCAGUGCAGCCACUCAGCGACCGCUGCCGCGCAGGCUCCUCUGCACUGCCAGCCGUGCGCCCAGCACCAGGUUGCGCCCACGCACCAACAGGCCGCCACCACGCAAGUCCAGGCGGCUACUCAGACGCCGCAAACAGGCGCCGACGCCAAAAAGGCCAAGGCCGGCGGUGACGGCAAAUUCAAGAAGAGCCGAGUAAUGCGCCAACAGAACCAAUCGCAACAGAUUACCAACUUCCAAAAUCAGAACUAUCAAAUUGACCACAACUCAGCUAUAACUCAGUACAGCGGAGCAGCAGCCCAACAGCAGCAGCAGCAGCAGCAGCAACAGCUCUCUCAAAACCCUGGUCAGCCGCAACAGCAACCCCAAUGCCCGGCCAACAACGCCGUAAUCGCUCCUUGUAUGGACGUGGACUCCGAGACCGAGAGCAACCACGACACCGCCCUCACGUUGGCGUGCGCCGGCGGACACGAAGAACUCGUCGAACUGUUACUGAGCCGCGGAGCCGACAUCGAGCAUCGCGACAAAAAGGGAUUCACCCCUCUGAUUCUCGCCGCCACGGCCGGUCACGAGAAAGUCGUCGAGAUUCUGCUGAACCGGAACGCCGACAUCGAGGCCCAAUCGGAGCGAACCAAGGACACGCCUCUGAGCCUGGCCUGCUCGGGAGGCAGGUACGAGGUGGUGGAGCUGCUGCUCAACCGCAACGCGAACAAGGAGCACCGCAACGUGUCCGACUACACUCCGCUCAGUCUGGCCGCUUCCGGCGGUUACGUCAACAUCAUCAAGCUUCUCCUGAGCCACGGCGCCGAAAUUAACUCGCGCACCGGCAGCAAGUUGGGAAUCUCGCCGCUGAUGUUGGCCGCCAUGAACGGCCACACUGCCGCCGUCAAGCUCUUGUUGGACAUGGGCAGCGACAUCAACGCUCAGAUCGAAACCAACCGCAACACGGCGCUCACUCUCGCCUGCUUCCAGGGCCGUCACGAAGUUGUCAGUCUUCUCUUGGACAGAAAGGCCAAUGUUGAACACCGAGCUAAGACUGGAUUAACACCAUUGAUGGAAGCCGCAAGUGGCGGAUACGUGGAAGUCGGCAGAGUUCUCCUUGACAAAGGAGCAGAUGUAAAUGCCACUCCGGUGCCGUCGUCUCGCGACACCGCUCUAACAAUCGCCGCUGACAAAGGCCACGUUCGUUUCGUCGAGCUUUUACUCUGCCGUAGCGCCCAAGUCGAAGUGAAAAACAAGAAAGGCAACUCGCCUCUGUGGCUAGCUGCCAACGGCGGUCACUUGCCGGUCGUCGAGCUGCUCUACGAUCUCGAUGGCGACAUCGAUUCGCAGGACAACCGCAAAGUUUCUUGUUUGAUGGCCGCUUUCCGCAAAGGUCACGUCAAAGUGGUCAAGUGGAUGGUGAACAACGUCACCCAGUUCCCCAGCGACCAAGAGAUGAUGCGCUAUAUCGCCACCGUUAGCGAUAAAGAGCUUCUGGACAAGUGCCAGGAAUGCACCAAGAUUAUCAGAGCCGCCAAAGAGACUCAGGCCGCCAAAGCAAACAAGAACGCGUCCAUAUUGUUGGAGGAACUUGAUAUGGAAAAGACCAGAGAAGAGUCGAAGAAAAUGGCUGCAGCUAGAAGGCGUGAAAGGAAGAAGAAAAAGAAGCUUGAAAAGAAAGAAGAAAGACGUAAGCUGCUCGAAGAGAACAAGAAGAAUGAGAACUAUGAUGAAAAAGACAAAAAGAGCGUCGAUGAAAGCAAAGAUGAUGAAACAGAUAAUGUUCCUGAAGUUAAUCCCUCUAUUCGCAAUGCUGACCCAGCAGAUAAAGAAGAAGGUGACAGUGGCAUUGACGCAAACAGUCAAGGCAGCUGCUCCAGUAGCGACAUCAAAACCAACGAAAAGCGCAAGGAAAAGAAAAAGAAGAAGUCCAACAACACUUCAAAGAAUGAAUCUAGAAAUUCCAACAACAACAAAGCCGGUUCGAGCAAGAACAACAACGAUACGUUACAGGAAAUAGUCGACAAGAAUGAAAAACAAUGCGACAGCAAGUCGUCGGCGUCGUCGACCAGAAGUCCUCCGAACCGCAAAUCUAUGGUAUUUGAAGCCACCAAGAGCCCGGCAGAUAGAGAUGACUUCGAAGCCACCGGUAGCGAAGUGUACGUGUCUAACAAAAGCAAAAAGGCUCAGCAACAUAAUUUUGACAAUGACACUCCAGUAAGCACAGUAACCACCAAAGGUAAUUCGUCCACCAGUCCCAAGCAGAGCACGAAGAGAGAAGAAGGCUGGAAGGAGGUCGUCAGGAAGUCGUCGGUUCAGACCGUCUCGACCAGCGAAUCCGGAGUCAAGAAAGUUUCCGUGCCCCAUAACGCAAUCUCGCGCGUCAUCGGACGCGGUGGAAGCAACAUAAACGCAAUUCGUGGUGCCACUGGUGCUCACAUUGAAGUCGAAAAGCAAAACAAAGGGCAAGGUGAAAGAAUCAUCACCAUCAAGGGAUCUGCGGAUGCCACCAAGCAGGCUUUCCAGUUGAUUACAACUCUGAUCAAAGAUCCGGACGUUGAUAUUCUGCAGAUGCUUCCAAAGACUAACAAAGCAGCUUCGACCACGACCACUCUGUGGGACAAGACCCAGAUCGGCACGAAAAAAAGCGCCGGUAAAUUCGUUGUGGUAUCUCAGGUGGUAAUCCCGCCCACCACCACGCACCCCAAGGUGGUUCAAACGGUCACCGCGACCGCCAGCACGGUGAACCGUGCUUCGACUACUACGGCAGCGAAACCGAGAGCCGCAGCCCCGGUGGUCACUUCGCGAGCCACCGCCCCGCGUCUGCUCGCUCAGUCGGAGAAGAACGCUGCCGCCUCCGCCCAACCGACCGCCGCCGUUCGCCUGCCGAGCCAAAGCGUCGCGGCAAACGCCAAGGCUCCAAACGCCAAGCCCAUCAGCACCUCGGCCAAUCAGACGUUCGCGGCCAAACUGACCGAAGUCUAUUCCACCAACGGACCGCCGGCCGUCAGCAACACCACCGUGCAAGCAAAAGCGAGACAAGCCGCCCCCGGCGUGCCGCACUCGAACACCCAAACUAGCGUUCAGACGUCCCAACCGUCGACUUUCUCGGCCAACACCACUCAAAGCUCUCCCGCCAAAACCGUGCGUCCCACGCCAACCACAUCGGCGCCGCCACAAAUGCAACAUUUCCAAUCGAGUCCUGGCAAAGCGCAAGCGCACUUUGGCGAAUUCACCAACCCACCCGGUACGCCAACCGUCGGUCCGGAGAUCGUAACCAACAUGGGCAGAAGUUCCACGCCCAAUUCGAUCCCACACCGUCCGCAGCAGGUCGAGGACAUGAACAACCACCACCACCAUCACCACCAACAACAACAUGCCAACAUUCAGACUCAAGAGUACUCCCUGUUUAAUUCCACCGAUAAACAGCCGAUGUGGCGACGAGAGAACGAAUCCCAGAAGCCCAUAAACUUCGCCGCGGUCACCGGCGGCGGAUCCAACGCCCAAUCGGCGGCAAGUCAGAACAUAUUCACCAACGAGCCUCCGCCGCAGGUGGACGUGGCCAAAGCUCCGGGAUAUCGCGGCGUGGCGGUCUGCUCCCCCGUCUCCUCGAAGACGAGCAGCAGCAGCAGCACCACGCCCCCGAACAUCUCCGCCGCCAUCAACUACCAGCAGGUGUACCAGGAGCAGCCGCCGAAAAAUCAGAACCUGCCGCCCAUCGGCAGCAAUCUGCAGCACCACGCUCGCGCGCCCGGCGCGCAGAACAGCACUGCCAACGAGAUGCACGAGUUCUUCGCCAAGAACAGCACUUCGAUCGGCAACGUGACCACCAUGCUGAGCUCGAGCAGCAGCGAUCACUUCCAGUACAUUGCGCAGAUGAACUUUUCGCAGCCGCAGUCGCAAACCAACAUGCAGUCGGUGAGCGCGUCCAGGUUGAAUCCGAAGGCGCCAGAUUUUUCUUCAGGCUACAACACCAAGCCGACCGGCGCCAGCCAGCAGCAGCAGCAGCAAAUGUUCAACGGUGCCUUCCCGAUCAACCAGAACCACACGAACAACAACAUGUACCAGCAGCAAAUGUCCAAGAUACCACCCGACCAGUUCUCCAGAAACCCGCUGCACCAGCGCUUCAUGCAGCAGAUGCAGAUGGCGGCUUUCAACCCGCCGCAGGCGCCCGCCGACAUCAUGAGCGGCAUGUCUGGCGUCAACAUACAGAACUUGGCUCGCGUCGCCGGAGGAGAGAUUCACAUCGAAAAUGGGGACGAUAUGGGAAUUGUGCCGGUAUCUCCGAUGAUUUCGCCCAGCCUGAACCCGGCCGCUAUGCACCUGGUCGGUGAGCACUUCGCGGAGGAGCGCAAGCCGCAGCCGAUCGGAACCGAGCGGGCUCGCAAGGCCGUCUUCAACGCCGGCCCGCCGCCCGACCAGGCCGGCUGGGGCCUGCUCAACGAGAAACCCGCGCCUCGCUGGAUGCAGCCCGAUCAGCCGUUCCCCAUGUCCAGGUCGCAGAUGAACUUCGCGGACGAGAUGCCUCCAUUGGAUUUUUCGCCUGCUCAAAACUUUAUGAACACACAGUUUUUCAAUCCACAACAACCUGGACAUAUGGGCAUGCGUCAAGAUUUUUCGGUCGAGCCAUUUAAAGACAUCGGUUGGGAUACAACUCGACCAAAUAUUGACCAUCAAGAAAAGGGCUGGAAUGGCAAGUGGCAGUAAGGGUGUCAUAAAAAGAAAAACGUACACGCGGGACAGUCAAUUGAAGUAUAGAUAGUCGACAUGAAAGGAAACUAUAAGCGUUUUUAAUUAAUCGAACCCAUCAAAAUGCGAAAAGUAGUUUAUAUGUUUGUGAUCUUAAAACAAAACUUUGGCAGUAGUAUAGUUCUAGUUGUUUUGUUAACAAACCACCCAUACAAUGUUUGCGAUAACAUGAUUCUGUGUGUUGUAAGCAUGACAGGGCCCUGUAUACAGGCCUUGUUUUAUUUAGCACUGCCACUCGGCACGUGUAUAAUAUUUGUGGUAAUUUUUGCCCCGCGCAUUCGAUGAAUGGUGUAUUUAAUUAUACUAUCAGACAUGAUCCUUAUUAAUUAAAUUGAAUUGAUUGAUUAUUAUUGUAUUGUAGUAAGUUAUUUGCAUGUCUCAUUUGUUUAACAACCGCUUAUAGUUUACAUGAAAGAUUUUACAACGUUAUCUUUUCCGUAGCUGACACAUGAACACGCAUUCAGGGAAAAUGCCCGUUGCUACCAGUUUUCCCUCUCCUCUGCCAAGAUUUCUAUUUGUUCAGUCGCCGACAGGGUCCCUACCUAUACAUUACAAGUUUUUUUGUAUAUUUUAUAAAUUUCGUUAUUCUAUACGCUAAUCAAUUUUGGGACCCUAUCGCCGAACUAAUAAUAACUAGUCUUGUCAGCAGAGAGCAACUGACUCGAUGCGCAUCGCGGUGGGCAUUUUCGGCAGUGCUGUUGUAAAUAAUAAGUAAAAAACUGAACGUGAGGACGGCUUCACAUGAACUUAGACAUAAUUAUAAUAAAUAUACUAAAACCAUAUACCAUAAUUAAAAUGUAUAAUGUAGUUGCGCAGUGGUAAUGAGGGAUUGGCGAUAGGAACACAAGUGUAAACUUGUCAUUUUAUUUGUUCUCUAUUCGAAUAUAUAUUUUUCUGUCCUACAUCAUCUAUGUGCAGAGAUUUAGAGCUGAGUUGUUGCCGCUUGCCAAGGUCUAGAGGGUUGCGCCUUCGGUCAAGCCGGCACGAUCGCAAGCCACUCCACAAAAACGUGUAGGAUUAUAUUAAACGGAAUAUUAUGUAAUAUUGCUUGUACAUGAAGACUUAAUAUAUCUUUAUGCACUG